AUGCGGCUUACGAACACUCUUUUGCGACAGCACAUAGGGUUUUACUUCAAGAAGCACUGGCUGCAGCAGGGCAAACGUGUGCCGAAUAGCACUGGUGCUGAGGAGGAACUAGCCGCCCGUGGUAUCACCGUCGUUGAACCCGCGGAGGUUAUAAAAGUACAGCACCCGCGAGAGAAUUACCACUUCCCCGGCAUGGUAUCACCUCCAGUAGCUUUUGAUGAAACGCAUCCCCUGUGGCAGUCGGAACCAGCGUACGUGUACGGCGACUCAAACGUGCUGCUGGAAGGUGUGCGUCAGGCACAGAGUCUGCUAAACACGGUUGUGUUUGAUGAUCUGCCUUUGAAAAUGGAGGAAAAGCUUGAUCAAACGAAAAUUGCAACUCAUCUUGAUCGAUCGAUGCAGCAAGCUGUACUGUCGGCACUGGUGUUCGACACGGAACAAGUCAAAAACGCCAUAAUAAAGGUUCCGGAUCGUCCAGCCUAUAAGCUACCACGCACGUAUGGCAUUUCCGAGGGUCGGAGAAACCAGCUGAUACUGUCGAAACUGGUUACACAUUGUGAACGUUUCGCUGGCCGUUCUGUAAACGCGAAUCGUAAGGUAGUGUUCAAUGCUCGAUUUUUAGUGCCAGUGGUUAAAGAAAACGAAAGAGUUUUGUUGAACGCGACAGCGGAAUCGAUGAUUAUAUCGCACGAACCACUGAAACCUCUGGAUACAGCCGUUUAUCGGCCAAUGGAUCUUGAGCUACCCAAUCUGUUUCCUCUAAAGGAAACUGUUUCUAUACCGGUGCAGAACAUCUACGACUGGCGGAAUGAUUAUCCUAUCAGUCGUAAUUACAAGCUUUCCCAUCCGCACACCAUACUCUUACACUGCUCACCGAGUGAUGUGAAGAAUGCUACGGAGCUACCGGUGACGCGUGAUCAAAUCGAAGGACGAACGAUGGUGAAAGCAUUCGCUGUUGCUGCUGCCCGGGCCCGUCAAUUGUAUGGCGAGGACGUUAAAACGCUACCCAUCCCAAUCACGGUGCAGGCCGUACAAACGGACAGCAAGACGUUCCACUUUAGCGUGUAUCAGUUGAACACGUUGGAUCUUAACUCAUCCACGGAUCGUAACAUGUGGUUCCGCAAGGCACCGUUCGAUCUGUACUCCCAGUGCGGCUAUGUUGUCGGUAAGCCAAAGCUGAACGACUACAACAAGGAUGUGUUGCGACAUUUUGCCGUAUUCUAUUCAAAUUAG